AUGCCCGAAAAUAGAGGUCAUAUCAAAGCCUACACUUACCUGCCUUUCGGAUCGGGUCCACGAAAUUGCAUUGGAAUGCGAUUCGCGUUAUUGGAGGCAAAGCUCGCGUUAGCGAAGAUCUCACAGAAGUUCCGCUUUUCCAGAGUCACCGACACUGACGUCCCCGUAGUCUUCAAUAAGGGUCGGGCUCUCUGUCAGGCAAAACGACUUGUUGUGGGCAUUCAGAAACGAUAA